AUGCUGGGCCUCUUUAGCCGGGCCGCCGCCGGGCGCACACUGUCCGCCGCAGCCGUGUCAACCACCUCCAAGAUUGUCGUUCCCGUCUUCGCCCCCACGCCGCGCGUGCGUCGACUGGCGCCCAUCGCCCGAAGCUUCUCCGCCUCGGCCUGGAUUCGCUUCCCCGCGGCCACGGACCCCACCGGCAAGCCCAAGAAGAAGUCGACGGCGGCCAAGAAGAAGAAGAAGGCUGCGGCGACCAAGAAGCCCGCCGCCAAGAAGAAGAAGGUCCUGACGCCCGAGCAGAAGCAGAAGAAGGAGCUCACGCAGCUGCGCAAGAUGGCGCUGCCCAAGGCCCCCAAGGGCAAGCCCGCCAACAUCUGGACCGUCUACCUCGCCGACAAUGUCAGCAGCGGCAGCGGCGUGGCCCUGGGGGACAAGGUCAAGGACAUUUCGGCCCAAUUCAAAAACCUCUCUGAGCAAGAUAGAGCGCGUCUCAAUGAGCGAGCUCAGGAAAAUGCCGAGGCCAACAAAAAGGCUCUCACCCAAUGGGUCGAGUCGUACCCUGCCGAGGCCAUCUACAUGGCCAACCUGGCGCGUCGCCGCCUCGCGCGCAAGCUCGACAAGAAGCGUCCCACGCUCCUCCACGACGACCGCCUGCCCAAGGCCGCCCCCAGCGCCUACUCGCUCUUCAUCAAGUCCCGCCACGACCAGGUCAGCGCCAGCUCGCCCACCGACGCCUUCCGCCAGCUCGCCCAACAGUGGAAGACGCUGUCCGAGUCGGAGAAGCAGCAGUUCAAGGAUUCCGCCAGCGCCGAUGUGCAAAAGACACGACAGGCCACCGAGGAUCUGCGCGCCAAGGGCAAGGCCUACUGGACUGAGAAAGGUCUGGUGCUGGAAACUUGUCAUGUACUUCAUUUUGCUGCUAUUCAUGAUCCGUUCAUAUCGAUGCUGCCAUCUACCCGUGUUGAUAAACGCCUGAAAUUAAGAGAAACAAGGCAACAAGAAAAGCAGAUACGCCUUGCAAAAAGAAAGAACACGCAAUAA